UGUUGAUGAAAACGCUUGGCAGACCAAAAUCAACGAAGAGAAUGUUGACGGAGAGAGCGGCACCAGAGCGGCUGUUGGUUUAGUUCUAUUAAUUGAAACAUUAGGCAACAUAACGCACACUCGUGGAAGUAUGAUGGAGGGAAUUUGUGUUUUUCGAGAAGCCGUCAUGCGAAGUGAACGCGUUGCGUAAUUCACUGCAAAGGAAUUGUCUGUGGGGAGGAAUGUUAAUGGUUCGAGAAAUUUUGUCGGAGAAGCUAGCUAACUUUGCUAGCACCUUUAGCUAGCUAGCGGUAAAAGCUAGCUAGCUACCUGCGUUUGAGAAAAUUCUGCAAGGAUGCUACGUUGGAUACGGCAACAGCUGGGCUUUGACCCUCCCCAUCAGAGUGACACCAGGACGGUUUACAUCGCCAACCGUUUCCCUCAGAAUGGCCACUAUGUCCCUCAGCGCUUCGCUGACAACCGCAUCAUCUCCUCCAAGUACACCAUCUGGAAUUUUGUACCCAAGAACCUAUUUGAGCAGUUCAGAAGGAUAGCCAAUUUCUACUUUCUCAUCAUCUUCCUCGUGCAGCUAAUGAUAGACACGCCCACGUCUCCGGUGACAAGUGGACUUCCUCUAUUUUUUGUUAUCACAGUAACUGCCAUCAAACAGGGCUAUGAGGACUGGCUGCGGCACAAGGCGGACAACGAGGUGAACGGGGCUCCGGUGUUUGUGGUGCGCAGCGGCAGCCUGGUGCAGACGCGCUCCAAAAACAUACGAGUUGGGGACAUUGUGAGAGUAGCCAAAGAUGAGACAUUCCCUGCGGACCUGGUGCUGCUGUCCUCGGACCGAGCGGAGGGGACCUGCCACAUCACCACAGCCAGCUUGGACGGGGAGACAAAUCUCAAGACCCACUUCUCUGUGCCGGAGACGUCGGUGUCCCAGUCGGUGUCCAGGCUGGAGGCCCUGCAUGCAGUGGUGGAGUGCCAGCAACCAGAGGCAGACCUGUACAGGUUUGUGGGGAGGAUAACCGUUACGCAACAAGGAGAGGAGAUCGUAAGACCCCUGGGACCAGAGAAUCUGCUGCUAAGAGGAGCACGACUGAAGAACACCAAAGAGAUAUUUGGUGUAGCAGUGUACACAGGGAUGGAGUCCAAGAUGGCGCUCAACUACAAGUGCAAAUCUCAGAAGCGCUCAGCAGUGGAGAAGUCCAUGAACACAUUCCUCAUCAUCUACCUGGGCAUCCUGCUGUUCGAGGCCAUCCUCAGCACCAUCCUGAAGUACGCUUGGCAGGCUGAAGACAAGUGGAACGAGCCCUUCUACAACCAGAAGACAGAGCAGGAGCGCAACAGCAGCCAGAUUCUGAAGUUCAUCUCGGAUUUCCUGGCCUUCCUGGUGCUGUAUAACUUCAUCAUCCCCAUAUCCCUCUACGUCACCGUGGAGAUGCAGAAGUUCCUGGGCUCCUUUUUCAUUGGCUGGGAUCUGGACCUGUACCACGAAGAGAGCGACCAGAAGGCACAAGUCAAUACCUCAGACCUCAACGAAGAGCUGGGACAGGUGGAAUACGUGUUUACGGAUAAAACCGGCACGCUUACAGAAAACGAGAUGCAGUUCCGGGAAUGCUCCAUAAACGGGAUCAAGUACCAGGAGAUCAACGGCAAGCUGGUCCCCGAGGGACUCACCGACGACUCUCCAGACGGAUCCAUGCCUCGCCUGAUCCGUGAGGAAGAGCUGUUCCUGAAAGCCGUGUCACUGUGCCACACGGUCCAGAUCAGCUAUGACCAGGGGGACGGCGGCUUCGGAGACCCCUUCGCCCACACGGGAAACGGCUUCUCACAAAUGGAGUACUUCGCCUCCUCACCCGACGAAAAAGCACUCGUCGAGGCCACCAAAAGGAUGGGGGUGACAUUCAUUGGGAGCAAGGGAGAAUACAUGGAAAUCAAGACGUUUGGGAAAUCUGAAAGGUACAAACUGCUCCAUGUGUUGGAGUUUGAUGCAAACAGAAGAAGAAUGAGUGUCAUUUUAGAGACACCCUCAGGGGAGAAAGUAAUGUUUACCAAAGGGGCAGAGUCCGCCAUUCUGCCCUUCAUCAAGAGUGGGGAGCUGGAGAAGACCAGAGUGCAUGUCGACGAGUUUGCACUGAAGGGUCUGCGGACGCUGGUGGUGGCGUGGCGUCACUUCAGUGCGGAGGAGUACCGUGAUGUGGACCGGCGUCUCCACGAGGCGCGCACGGCCCUGCAGCAGCGGGAAGAGCGGCUGGCUGAUGUAUUCACCUUCAUCGAGAAGGACCUGGAGCUGCUCGGAGCCACCGGCGUCGAGGACAAGUUGCAGGACAAGGUACAGGAGACGAUCGAGGCUCUGCGGCUGGCGGGCAUCAAGGUGUGGGUGCUGACGGGCGACAAGCACGAGACGGCGGUGAGCGUCAGCCUGUCCUGCGGCCACUUCCACCGCACCAUGAACAUCCUGGAGCUGGUGCAGCAGCGCUCAGACAACGAGUGCGCCGAGCAGCUGCGCAGGCUGGCACGCAGGAUCAAGGAGGACCAUGUGAUCCAGCACGGGCUGGUGGUGGACGGGGCCAGUCUGUCGCUGGCCCUGCGCGAGCACGAGAAGCUCUUCAUGGAGGUCUGCAAAAACUGCUCGGCCGUGCUCUGCUGCAGGAUGGCGCCCCUGCAGAAAGCCAAGGUGGUGCGUCUGCUGAAGACCUCUCCAGAGAAGCCCAUAACCCUGGCCAUCGGUGACGGAGCCAACGAUGUCAGCAUGAUCCAGGAGGCCCACGUGGGCAUAGGCAUUAUGGGGAAAGAAGGCAGACAGGCAGUCAGAAACAGCGACUAUGCAAUCGCAAGAUUCAAGUUCCUUGCCAAACUUCUACUUGUGCAUGGGCACUUCUAUUACAUAAGAAUAGCCACCCUGGUGCAGUAUUUUUUCUAUAAGAAUGUGUGUUUUAUCACGCCCCAGUUUUUAUACCAGUUCUUCUGUCUGUUUUCACAACAAACUCUUUAUGACAGUGUCUACUUGACACUCUACAACAUCUGCUUCACCUCGCUGCCCAUCCUGGUCUACAGCCUGUUUGAGCAGCUGGUCCACCCUCACGUGCUGCAGAGCAAGCCAGCGCUGUACAGGGACAUCAGUAAGAACUCCAUGCUGUCCUUCAAGACGUUCCUGUACUGGACGCUGCUGGGCUUCUGCCACGCCUUCGUCUUCUUCUUCGGAUCCUACAUCCUGAUGGGGGAGGACACCACACUCAUGAGCAACGGCCAGAUGUUUGGAAACUGGACAUUUGGGACCCUGGUCUUCACCGUCAUGGUCAUCACCGUCACACUGAAGCUGGCCUUGGAGACUCACUUCUGGACGUGGAUGAACCAUUUUGUCACCUGGGGCUCCAUCGCUUUCUAUUUCAUCUUCUCCCUGUUUUAUGGGGGCAUUAUCUGGCCCUUCCUCCACACCCAGGACAUGUACUUCGUCUUUGUCCAGCUGCUGUCCAGCGGCUCCGCCUGGUUCGCCAUCAUCAUCAUUGUCACCGGCUGCCUUUUCCCCGACGUCAUCAAGAAGGUCCUCUAUCGGCACCUGCAGCCCACAAACACACAGAAAUGUCAGCUUGCUGAGGCCCAGCAGGGCUCAGUCAGCUGUGUGGACUCCCUGUGCUGUGUCGGCGUCGGGCCGGCGGGCGAGGAGGGGCCGUGUGCGGGCCUCUGUGUCCGGCUGGCCGGGCUGGUGGAGCGGCUGACGGGCCGCUGCGUGCCCCCCCGGGCCGACAGGUGCGACCUCUCUCUCUCUAGCCUCUGCUGCCAGUGCCACCGCAUCAACUACAAGCUGGAGCGCGACGAGGCGCCCGCGCUCGCCGACUGAGCUCUGCACACACACACACACACACGCACACACCAUGAGGCACCCGCACUCACCGACUGAGCUACACACACUCACACACACCGUGACACAUCCACACUUACCGACUGAGCUCCACACAGACCCACGGACACACACAAUCAUGCGCCCGUGCUCAUCGACUGAGCCCCUCAAUCUCACACACACACGUUCAUAUAUGUUACAUUGCAAACGCCACUGCCACCAUAGGGACAGUUUUUUCAAGCCACCCUUGUGUAGAUAAAAGCUCAAGCUUGACAAGUACGUGGCCAUAUACACAUGUACGCACAUGCACAUAUACACACAUACAGACACACACAUGCGUGCACACAGAUACCUAUGUACUGUACAUACUUGAACACACACAGACGCCUCCACAAUUACUGGUACAAACUUGAUUGGUUGAGCAACUCUGAGACCGUCUACCUGGACGACCAGACACACCAAUACCAUGCUGGACCUCCCUCAAUGGGAGCCAAGUCACACAUUCCUUAGAAACAGGGAUGGAAAAGUCCACAAACCCUGCGUUUCAUGUCAGGGCUUCAAUCCACCCCUUAUGUUUCUGUUUUUGUAUAUAUAUAAACCUUUAAAAAGUGAUUUCUAGAAAGAUGAAGAAGCCUGAUUACCGAGGAUGCAGUGUUGCUUUAACUUGCCUUCUGAGUGUUUUCCCCCUGUGUGCGUUUGUGUGUGAGAGUGUGUUUUUUGUACUGUAUGUCCUAAAAGCUUUUAAAAGACGAGCAUGUCUGUUCGCCCCCGCAAAGGGAUAUUUUAGGCUUUAGCUGGGGCCAUGCUUGCGCCGGUAUACUGUACAGUAUCUUUUAAAAGCAACUGUGUGUCUGUAAUCCUCUGUAGUCCUGCCAAACGUGUCUUUGUCGGCCCCUGCGUAGUGCACCCUCCCCAUCUAAAGUCUGUGGACUGCCUACUUCUCUGCUGCCUUCUCUCAUGUGCCUGCCCGGUGUAUCGCCUGCCUUCUCUGUCCAAUCUCUGCUUGCUACUCACUAGUUCUCUGUCAGUUUGUUGGUUUCGUUCGUUUGUUUUUUUCACUCCCCCUCUUUUUUUUGCAGGUCUUGCCGCUUUUGUUUAAGCGUUAAAUUGUGUCUCUGUGUGCCAACUGAGCGUCAUGGUCCCACGUUUUUUGCACUAUGAAUGAGCUGUGUUGUGCGUGGCCAGCUAUGCAAAUGUAAUUGUCCUGAAAUGCACACAGCCCCUCUCCCAGUGAGGACCAUGACCUUUCCUCUUGUCUGUCCCAAACAUUCCCAAAGUGUGCCACUCACUUGUGUGUUUGCGUCUGUGUGUAUGUGUGUGCAACGGGAAAGGAAUGUGUUUUGUAUGCGUUGUGUGUGUGUGUCUUUGUGUGCCUGUGUGAGUGAGAUGGGAAGGAAUGCAUUUUGUAGUGCUGUGCCAAAGUUAAGUAAGUGUUGCAUCGCAGUGACAGCAUGCACAUGUGAUGCACACUCCCCCACCCCCACCCUUAGGUCCUGGGCUUCAUUUGUUUUUCAGUAGCAUUUUGUAUGUCAGUUGUGGCACGCAUCAACUGGCAGUUACCGGUAGUUGUUGUCUGCUGCACUUAUGCGUACCAGAUAGAUGAGAUGAGACGAGUCUUUUACUAAAGCAAGCUAACUGAAAUCGACGACAAUAAAAGUGCGGAGGGGGAAUAAAACAAACAAACAAGAAAUUAGCCUCAGCACUAGAGCACUGCCACCAUAUGGCGGCGAUAGCCUGUUGCCAAUAGCAACCGCAUCCAAGCAGAGACGCCUAAUCAAGAAUCCCUCCCUUGUUUGUUUCCACGGCCUCCUUCCACCCAAGAAAACACCACAUUCACCAGGGACUUAUCACGUUAGCUGUGUCUUUUGUGAGAUGGAGCAAUUUUUAGACUUGAGAAACUGUCGAUUUGUUUUUGAAACAGACUUGGUUGAUAAAUGUGUUUUGAUAAAUAUGUAUUCCUUAACGACUUGAAGCCUUACCAAGACAGGGGAAGAGAGAGAGGGAGGAAAAAAUAUGCCCGACACAGUACUGCAUGAGAAAUGCCUAAGAUACUGUGUAUGCAAUGGAAGCAGUGUUUGUGUACAGCAAGUGUGUCUAUGACUGGCUGUGUGUUUGGUGGUGCUGGUGGGGACUGGAGUGUUUGUCUGUUUUCUCUGGCUGAUGUAGCUGCAUCUCUAGCUCUGUAACUUUAGUGUCUUCCUCUGCUCUGCUCUCCUCUCCUCUCACAGCCAGGAUGGAGUCAGUGAGUGCGGUGCGAUGCGAAUGCAGGCACCAACCACUGCAGCAGUAGCAUUAUGCUACCGUAUACCCAUGGGACCAGUCAUUUUAAUCAAAUGGCUUUUGCACUGCUUGCAUUGUCCGCUUCUGGCUGUUUGGCAAAGUUGCUAAAUAAUUGAGUUGCGUUGGGGGUGCUUCGGGCAGGGGUUUUGUUGGGGACCAUCUGCAAAAGCAAAAAAAAAAGAGACGCAUGCUCCUUUAUUUCUUUCUUUAUUUUUUCGGAUCUCUUUGUCGACACUGCGUUUCCGAUCCACUGAGCACUUAAAACGGUUGCGUGUUGUCUCACAGAUGAGUGGACGAAGGAUUCGAUUCAUGACGUUUAUCGGUAAUAUCUGUCACUCGGAUGUUUAUUUUUUGUUUUUGUUCUUUUUCCCCCCCUCGUCCUGGUGAGUGAGUACGUCUGUCUGAGGCAGUUAGACGAGGCACAGCCCAGACGAGCAUGUAGACCCUCACAUCAACACACUCCACAGCUUUAUUUAAAAAAAACCACCAGAAACCAUGACAUCACUCUGCAGAGAAAACUGAAGCGCAAGUCUCACAGACACGCAGACACUCACACACCCCCCCUGGAGGUACACAUUAGUAAUGCUCACCCGUCUACAGUAGUAGCGUUUAUGUGCCAGGCUACAGUACAUGUGCCUUUCUUCUAGCUGUGUGUAUAAAAUAACCCAAAGCCUGUCAAAAAAAAAGAUGUAUAUUUGGAUUAAGUAGAUUUUAUACAAACUAUAUUACAGAUCCAUAUACACAUAUAUAUCCCUUGUACUUCAAAUCUUUAGCUAUUUUUAAUAUUAGGUCUUAUAUACGAUGUACAACAGAUAGUUCAACUAUAUCAGAUGUAUAGGUCCUGUACUUUCCAUUCUCUUGCUGUAUUCUUAUAAUAUUUAACAUUGUGUAUGCCGGGAAUGUAGCAUGAAUGUUCUUACAGAGGAACCCUUUGAAAUAAUGUGUUUAUUGUCAGCUCACCCAUGUUACUCCAUCCCGUUACUACUAACAUCUCUCUCCUCAUUCACCUCUUGCUUUUUGGUUUUUGUGUGUUUGUCUGCAGUGAUGCGUCGCUUGUGGUCUUUCGCAGGUCUAAGCAUUAGGGAGGGGACAUGGCCACAGCUGUCGUUGGCUAGGGGGGGUAGGGCGGCAAAGUUACAAGCGUGGGAGGGAAGGAGAAUGAGU